AUGGGGACCGCUAACAAUAACGGUGGAACUAUUAUCAGCUUCCCUCCUAAUCAUUUUGUAACCAGCCGAAUGCCUUCACAUCAUCCUAAUGGUUGUGCCAACAUUACCUUUCAGAUUCCUUCAAUUGCUAACACUGUAAAAAAAAACACUAAUACUGCAGAAAGAAGAGCUAAUCAUAAUGCUGUAGAAAGAGCAAGAAGAGAAUGCCUUAACACUAAAUUUCAAGACUUAGCACGCGCAUUACCAUCACUUUCUCAAGUAAAAAGACCAUCAAAAUCCAUAAUUGUACAAAGAUCAUUAGAAUUUAUUUACAAUGUUCGUCAAAAAGAGGCUUUACGUGAAAGGGAAAUGCAAAAUAUUCGUGCUGAAAAUGAAUCUUUGCAUUCCACUUCAUCAUCAUCCAAUAAUAGCAAUACAUCAUCUUCACAAUCCACAUCUUCCACAUCUUCACCAUAUAUUCAGCAAUUAACUGAUGAACCGAAGGAGGACGCCGAAAUCAGCAAAAUUGCAACAACAACGACGAUAUCACAAUCACCAAAAAAUAUUAAAUUAGAGGCUGAUAAUCUCUCCAUCACACCUUCAACCAACACCAUAAUAUCCAAUAAUAAUAUCAAUAAUAAUAACAUUAUUAUUGAUGUCAUGAGUAACUCCAUUAAUAAUAUUAAUGCCAUGAAUAACAACCAUAACAACAAUAAUGUAAAUUCUGCCAACAUUAUGAUUGAAAAUACUAUUGCUACCAACAACAAUAAUGAUUGUGGUAAUUGUAAUAACAUUAAUGGUAGUUGUUGUAAUAGCAAUGCAGAAUUUGUUAAUAUUAAAAAUGAAGAAUUUUGUUCUGACGACGAUAGACGUAUAGAUGAUGAUAUAAUGGACCUUUCUGAAAAAUUAAAUGGCAAAAUAUCUGUAUCUGACAACAACAUUGAUGAUCAACAUGCUAUUUAUAAUAAUAUAGGUUUAAUUUAUCCACCAUUCAGUAUGGAACCUUCUGGAUAUCCAUCAAAUUUUUUCGCUACCAUAGAUAUGACAUCAAUUGAUCAAAUUGUCGAUCCUAAUUCUCUACAAAUUCAAUUUGAACACGAUUCAAUGAAUAAUAGUAAUUGA